AUAAGGAGAAGGGGCAUAGAAGUAAGAAAGGAGGAGCCCUGGAUGUCAGAGACAGGAGAAGGGGAGGGCAGGCAAUGGGAUGUGGAUGUCACAAGGGCUGAAAACUACAGAGCAAAGAAGGGGAAUAAAGAAUUAUAAAAUGACAUUUCUUUCAGGAGGCAUACCUCUGAGUUUGGUCUAGCCUGGUCUAUAAAGCAAGUUCCAGGACAGUGAGAGAUACAGAGCAAAACCCUGUCUCAAAAAUCAAACUUAAUUAUUAACUAAUUAAUAAAAAAAUUAAAAAUUUUUCCUUUUUUUAAAAACCAAAUGGAGAACUAGUGUAUAAUGGGGAAGAGGCUGAGGUUUCAAAUGGGAGUGCAGAGGGGAGGCGAAUCAAAAUGCCUCAUUGGGCUGUGAGGAGAACACAGCCCCUAGGACACACAUUGCAAGGAGAACAGACAUGGCGAAUAGUGUUGGAGGUGGGAUGAGUGUGGGUCAGUGGCAGGAUGCAGACUGAUCCCUAAUCUCCAGAACCAAGUAGACACAUCAGUCUGUCAGUUACACGUGUUUUAUUUCAAACUGGUUGCCAGAUUGGAAGGCUGAUGACAUCACAGGCGUCCGCCCUCCUGAUUGGAGGAGAAGCACUCCAUGGUGGUGGGCAGCUCAGGGGACAACAGUAUCUUCUUGGAGCUUUCCUCCACACCUCUCCUCUCCCUAGAUGGGGGAAGGGACAUCAUGUGUGGAUUCAGCGAGAGUCAGGGAGGAGGGCGGGCUAGAUCAGAGUCUGGGAUUUGUGGACAGGAGGAAACAGGUUGGGAGAAUCGUGACCACUGGCCAACUGUCAUUGUGUUCUGAGGAACAGAGUCCUCAGCCUGGCAUCAUCAGGUCCUCAACUGGGGUGGUGGUGGAUGGGGAGAUCUCAGGACCAUCAGAACCAAGGGUGGAGGCCAGCCCCCAGCCUCCAUCUGCCAGCCCAAAGAGGAAGAGGGACUUGUCAUUGGAUUCUGAGGAUGACCUUGCAGAGCUUUGGGACCCUGAACCCGAGCCGGUGUGGUCAGUGGAGACACUGUGUGGGCUCAGGAUGAAGCUAAAGAGGCAGCGUGUGUCUACAGUGAGGCCUGAACACCACAAAGUCUUCGCCAGGCUGCUGGAGGAUCCCGUGGUGAAAAAGUUCCUCGCCUGGGACAAGAUGCUGAGAGUGUCUGAUAAGUAUCUCCUGUCUAUGGUCAUAGCUUAUUUCAGCCGUGCAGGGCUCUUCUCCUGGCAGUUUAGGCCAAUCCACUUCUUCCUGGCUCUGUACCUGGCCAAUGACAUGGAGGAGGACAACCAGGCCCCUAAACAAGACAUUUUUUACUUCCUCUAUGGGAAGAGCUAUGCCCAGCGCCCCAUGUUCCACAAACUGCGGUUCCAGCUCAUUCGGUCCAUGGGCUGGAAGAUCUGGGUGUCCCGGGAGGAGUGUGAAGAGAUCCAGGCUUACAACCCAGAGCUGUGGGUAUGGGCACGAGAUCGCACCAACCUGAACUUAGAACCAUAAAUCUAUAGAGGCUUGAGGUCAUCGGCCUGAGGAAGGUAUGUUGGUGUUCUCUGA